AUGGCUAGAGUAUUCGGCGUGAGCUUUACUGCCGCGCUCGUGAUUGUACAGUUCGCCGCUAUGGCUUUUUUGAUCAUCUGUUGUGUGACGGCGCCUGUUUUCAAACAGAUUGGAAUUGCAAAAUCAAGCGAUGUGGUUUACGGUACUUUUGGGUACUGUGAGAAGGGUGUGUGCUCGUCAGCUGCAGCCAACUACCAUCCUGAAAGUCUAGAUACGUCGGGAAACUGGAAAAUGAGCACUUCGGUGCGCGAAAAACUCGGCAAAAUCCUAAUCAUCAUGCCUGUCGCUGCAGGACUCACAUUUUUCGCGAUGGUGGGUACUAUCGUCUCUCUGACCCCUUCCUUGAGUGCCUCUGGUGUCUGUUUGAUCUUCAACGUGCUGCUAAACCUCAUAGCCUUUGCAGCCUCUGCCUUGAUGUGCGUGAUAACGUUUUUACUGUUCUUUCCCAACGUCACGUGGUGCUCAUGGCUUCUGAUUCCCGCUGCUGUUAUAAACCUACUAUGUGUUCCAUUAGCGUUCGUGGUACACUCCUUAGGGUCUUCAAACAAUGACGAAAGAGACACUGACUCCAUUGAUAGCCCAAAUCUCACCAGAUUAGAUCAAGAUUACGCACCUGACCGCUACAGCAUGGACGAGUAUAAAGAAACUGUCAGGUCUGGCAAUCACGACAGUCCCAUGUAUCCUGAAGUUUACAAAGGCCCUCAAGUUGUGACUUCGACUACUAUAAACUCGGGGACAACGGACUCAAGAUCCGAUCGCGAUGCUUUCUUAAGGGAAAGACCCAACACCAACAAUGGCAGUGAUACGUCGCAGAGUAAACUUGCAAAUGCAGAACCCGUCCCUGACUUUUCGUUUGAAGACAGUUCAAAUGCAGCAAAACCCUACUCGGCGAUUGCAGCCUCUCACAACCUCCAGAGGGUACCUCAAGAGGAUCUGGUGUCAAAACCAGUCAGAGUGCCACAAAUGUUCCGCGGUCCUUCCACGACCUCAUCUUUCUACUCACAAACAGAAGGGGAGCUAUCACGUCAAGGAACUCUCAAAACUACAGAGCUACGUCCUACUUCAGCCUUGGAUUUGCAAUCGGCCAAAGGUGUGAAUCCCAGCCAUGACGAGUUGCAAAACAUCAUCAACGGCGCCAUAUGCGAAGAGGAAGACGAAGAAUUUUUAAAGCAGCAGACUAUUGAUCCAAGUGAAAGACCUUCUUUAGAUGAUGAUGAUGGAAUAAAAGAUGACGAUUCGGAUUUCACUUCUGUUUCACAGCGUGGCAUCAAUCCUAACUACAUGUCUGCUGCAAAUGGCAAUCGAUUUGCACAGAGACCUCCACAAUCCACGAUGCAACGUCCUAGAGACCCCCGUUUCGCUGGAGACCCAUCCUUUGCGAGAAUUCCUAAUCACAAGUAUCAGGUUGUUCCCUCACAAGCGCAAAGGAAAUUUGCGCCUUCGCCUCAAGGAAUGGCACCCCAACACACCCUUUACCAGCCCUACAUUUCGCACCAACCAAUUCAACCGCCUGGGAGAAAUGCCAUGCAUGGCAGACCGCAGCAGCCUCCAAAUGCUAUACACGGAGGGUCUGAUGCGAUCCUGAAUACUAGUCCGGAAUUUAUGAUUCCUGGCGCCCGUGGUCCUGCAGGCGCAGGUGGCCGCAUUGCUCCCAUGUAUGGCGCACCCCCGCAAGCACCAUCUACUUCUACUUAUAAGCCAGCCUACAAGAAACGGCUACCGAGGCAAAAUAUUCCAGCCGCCUCAAUGGCCAGAGACGGACCCUACAGUGGAAUGACGUAA